UUUGGAUAUAAAAGGCGUUCUUCGGCCAAUGUCUGAACAUAAAAUGUUGACCUGUAGUGUAAAAAUGUAAAUCCCCUACUCUAUGGAUUGUCUAUAUUAAAGAAUAAUUUAUUGUUCUGGCAUUCUGACAGCAGUAUGACAGAAUGCACUUGUUGAGUAAGCACUGAGGUGCUCUCUGUUCGGAUAAGAAUUUAACAAAUUUUGACCUAAUGAGUAAUCUUGUUCGACCAAAACAACUAGACUUGAGCUGUCAUACUCGAUAGAACUUUGCCAAAUCGUCGCCUUUUAAGGAUAUACCAGUCAACGCAGCUGGUAAACAGUGAUGUCGUUUUCUGACAGCUUUCUGAAGAGGAUAACCGAGCCCACAAAACGGCCAAGGCUGGGCAGUCUAACCAAGGAUCGCACAGAUGACCACCUUACCUCACCCAACGGUGCACAUGGCGAUGUGUCAGAAGCCACAAGUCCGUUACUUCAGCGCGUGGCCAUUAUACAAAAGGAUGAGAAAGGCUACGGGCUGACAGUGAGCGGGGACAACCCAGUAUAUGUACAAAGUGUGAAACCAGGUGGUGCUGCUGAGAAGGCAGGGGUACAGGUGGGGGACAAGAUCAUCAAGGUGAAUGGUCAGCAAGUGGUGAAGUCCAACCAUCCAGAGGUCGUCAAACUAAUCAAAUCCGGUUCCUACGUGGCACUGACAUUGCUCGGUAAGCCCGUCACGUCCUCAUCUUCUGCAUCCAGCGUUCAUGCACAGGAGCAGCCUUUUCAAAGGGAUUCAUUGAGCCGGGAUUCAUCGAGCCGUGAAUCAUUUCAGAUCCGGGACAUUUCACACAUCCGGGACUUUUCACAGUUCCGGGACUCUGUAUCGUUUCCACAACCAGUUGAUCGAAAGUAUCAUAUUCGUGCAGAGAAAGAGAAAGAUUUACAGCAACAGAAAGCUCGGACAAUACGUGCCAUGUAUGAAACAGUUCAGGAUGAAUACGAUAAGCUGCGCAAGUCCUGCAAAGCGAAUCCCGGUGAUCCCAAACUCCAGACGCAGCUUUCUGAGAAGGAGAGGACGCUACGGAUACUUGAGGCUCAGAUAAAGAACCUGCCUGGACUUGAGAACCUGGGAAAUCGAGACACACAGCUGCACAAUAUGCCGUCCAUAAAUGUGGAUGAGGUAGAUUAUUCCGCUCCCAUUGGGCCCCCAUCCAAGGAACGGAAGCACCAGAAACACAGCUCUUCUCCAGGGGCAAUGUUUGGUGCAGCAGAACCGCCACAGCAAAAGGGCGUGAAUGUCUGUCGAUCGAAAUCAGACGUGUCCACCAGAAAGAAUGCUCUUUCUGAGUACAUGUUUGGUGCCCCAACGUAUAAACGCACUGAGUCGAGUCCUGAGACUGCGUCGGUGCCACACACGGUAUCAGACCUGGGCACAGACUCGACAGGAACCAGUCCCAGAUCCUCCCCCACCCCUGUGAACAGUCUGAACACUGACCCCGAUCAGGAGGAGGACUAUAGCCUCAGGUUGGGGAUGAUGCGUCCCGUCAGCACGCUGGGAACACCGGCUGGGGCCAUCAUAGGUGUGGAGGACGACGACUUUCAGUCUGAUGAAGAGAUGUUCUCCAAUUCUCCAAAGCGAUGGUCUACGCCCCUUUCCUCCCCUUUUAUGUUGUUUAAACAUCAUCACCAUAGUGACCAGAUGGGAGACACUAAAAUCUUCAACGACCUUGCGACCCUGGUGACCCAUCCGGCCCACAUGGCUGUGUUCCUGCACUACGUGAUCACCCAACACAACCCCGCCCCGGUGCUGUUCUAUGAGAUGACUCGCUUUUACAACACCACCCAGGGCAACAGCAAGGACCUGAAGAAGUGGGCUUACGAGAUCCACUCUACCUUCAUCAUACAUAUGGCGCCAUUAAAGGUGACCGUGAUACCAGACUGGGUGAUCGAGGAGAUAGACAAGAACCUCCAGUUCCGCUCGGAGAAGGAGGAGGCCCUGCGCAGUCUGUUCGACAAGGCAAGGGAGGCCACUGUGGAUACUGUACAGAAACUACUCGAUGAUCUCAGACAGGCUAAAGAGAAAGGUUUAGUGGAGGGGUGCUCAGAGUUGAAGGACCACAUGGACAAAGGUGAAGAGAAUAAGAUAGUGGACAGGCUUCUUGUGCAGGACCUGGACAACUCACUGCAACACGAGGAAGAUGAGAAGCACGUUGCUCAGAGCUGGGCCCUGGCCACGUUCCUGCGCCACACGGGGCACAGUAAGCACGGCAACACGCUCGAGAAAACACCAAGCUUCGUCUCAAAGGACCGCACAAGGGGGCCCGUGAUCACCAUCCGUGGGAAGAGCAAAAAGAGUGUGAAAGGCCAUAAUUUCAGCCCAGUGCAUUUGAACAAACAGGAACUCUGUCUCCAUUGUAACAAAGUGCUCUGGGGUGUUGGCCCACAGGGAUUUCAGUGUACAGCAUGCGACCAGUGCGUUCACAAAAACUGCAUCGACGAUUUAGCCGAGUUGUGUAUGAAGAAGAAGAACAGAACGUCUGUCAUCAGCAAAUCAUCAUCAAAGAUCCCUCCAGCUACCCAGGUGAUACCUGACCCAGAACAUGGCGCCCAUCAGGGGAGUCCUGGGCCACACCCGUUGGUCGCCACCUUGCCGGGACCCACGGACAGCGACCUGAUUGCCUUAAAAGAACAAGGUCACUCAGUCAACAAACUGGUGAAGAGAUUUGAUAAAGGGAGCCCCGACCAAGAGCCGCCCAAGUUCAUCAAGCCUCACCCGCCUCCGAAACCAGACUUUAUGCCCACUCAAGGGAGGCAACGAACCAGUAAGAACACCCAGAGUUCUCUGUCCUUGUCGUCGGGCCUCGAUUUGGCGAGGGCGAAGAAAAAUUCGGACGAUGUCAAGCGAUCAGAAAGUAUGAAGGGACGAGAAGACCAGCGUCCCCGCGUGGCCAAACGUUCCGUCAGUGACCUGGCCAUGGAUGACCAAACCGUAAAGUCACUGACCACUGGUAGCUCCUCUACCUCUAGUCUCAGGAGUAAUGAAAGCCCCAGCAGUUCCAUGGACACCCUGACAGCCCAGAUCCAGACAGACUCUGAUUUCGAGGUGGAGCCCGAGCUGCCAUCAUUGAAGCAGCUCCUGGGCGAGGACACGGUGCGGAAACUGAAGCCCAAAGAGAAGAAACGACAGGACGUCAUUAAUGAACUGUUCUACACGGAGAAGUGCCAUGUGCGUAGUCUGAAAAUACUGGACAAGCUCUUCUACCAGCCCAUGAAGCAUGAGAACUCCAUACAGAAGGACUUCUGUCAGUUACUGUUCCCCAAUCUAGAGACCAUGAUCCAGUUACAUGGGACUUUAAACAAAAGUAUGAAAGAACGCCGCAAAGAAAAAUCUGUGAUAACCGUUGUUGGAGACCUUCUGUUGCAGAGAUUUGACGGCACUGCAGGGGAGAACUUCAAACAUGGCUGCGGUGUCUUCUGUCGCAACCAAACCAACGCCUUGGAAAGCCUUAAAGUGUACAAAAACAAAAAUCAAAAGUUUUCACAGCUUUUGACCGAUGCAGAGAACAACCCCCUAUGUCAGCGUCUAGCCCUGAAAGAUAUCAUUCCUAAACAGUUCAUGAGACUCACCAAGUACCCUCUACUCAUUGAGAACCUCAUGAAGUACACACAAACGAAUACAGAUGAGUACAACCAUCUUGAGCUGGCGUUAAGGUGCAGCAAACGUAUACUGGAGCACGUGAACCAGGAGGUGAAGGUGUGCGAGAACAAACAGCGCCUUGUGGAGCUCAACAAACGUAUCGACAAACGUGCCAUUGAUAACAGUGCAGAGGCUAACGAUAUACGGGAGUUGGAUAUACGACAGCACACCUUAAUAAAGGAGGGCUCGUGUACGUGGAUCAUAAACAAUAGGAAAUCUAUUGAAGUGCAUAUAGUGUUACUAGAGAGGGCCAUGGUUCUUUUGCAAAAACAAGAAGACCGGUUAGUGUUAAAGCUACAGAACACACAACUUGUGCCUGGACGUAACGAGAUCAACAAAAAACAGAGCCCCCUGCUGUGGUUGAAUAAUGUUUUGGCGCGAAACGACGCCACAGACAAGAAAGCUUUCUUUGUGGUCAAUACAUCAAAGUCGGGGCCACAGAUUUACAAGCUGUUGGCCACAUCGGCUGAGGAACAGAAAUCGUGGACAAAACAUAUCACACAGGCAUCGGAUGCCAUGAAACGAAGUGAGAUUAACAAGAGCAAGGCCCCCAUCAUGGAGCAGAUGACUCCGAUAGAAACCAGCACUGAAAGACAAAUUGAGGCAGAACAAACAGCGCUCGAGUUGCAAAACAUUGACAACGGCACCAUCAUACUGCCUGAGGACGUCCACUACCAUGGCCCUGUAAUAUCAACGGCUGAACAAAUCAUCUCACCUAUUGACAAACUUCGCCAAAACGAAGAGAAUUUGGCGGCCAUCUUGGAUGAGCGGCAGGCACUUAUUGGUGAAAUCCUGAACAUCCCAAUUGCCAUGGAGCCAGAACAGAUCCAGGAGGUUAUUGAUAACGCCAACUCCAACCCGCUGCAGCUGAUAGCAGCUGGCUACCACAUCAGCAACCCGAUUUUCGAACUGAUGAAAGAGACCCCUGUGACAUCCUGCGAGUCUGGUGAGAGGAUUGAAUCAGUUGAGGACCUGACUUUACCCAUUCCCAUGGACAAACUCCGUGACAUGGCCAACAGAAUGAACCAAAUACUGACAAACCUUUUGGCGCAAACCAGGGCCACCGAUACAUCCAUGUCAGCGUCAAUGUCUCAGGCAGCGUUAAACAGCCAGAAUGAGGAGAGGGACCGCCUGCGUCGGGAGCUGAAGUUUGCACAAGAGGAGUUAAAUCGUCUGCGGAGGAUCCAGCGGAUUCAGAUGGAGGCGGAGAGGCCAGGCGGGGUCGACACGACCUCUGACACCGUGCCAGCCCGACCCGCCAGCCUCGUGUCUGAAGCCUCGACAGUUUCGGAUUCAGAAGAAAUCAAGACAGACAGCGAACAGAAUGACGACCAAGAAACUGUGUAUGCAGAAGUUUCCGAGGACAACAUGCCGGGUCUCCCCAUUGAGCCGGAGGUAACAAGUGACAUAACCCCCCUGAACGAGACCUCGCCGGGCGCUCUGGACUCCCUCGUGGAUGCCGAAUCCUCGCUGGACCUGGAGGAGCAGGGGCUGACGGAGGACUACAAGUUUGACGAGACUGAAACAGAGCAGUUUGACGAAGAAUUAAGAGAGGUUGAACCUCCAGACGAAGACCACUUGGAAGACUCUGACACACAGGAAGUGGAAUUUGAUGUAGACAGUGACAAUGCCAGUGACAAUGAGGAUGAUACUGAAGAAGACAAAGAAGAAACUGAAAACAAGCCUAAAUCUGAUGAGGAAAAACCUGAUGAGGAUGUUGAUGAAGAAGAGGUCAAUGUAGAUGCUGGAAAAGCUGAUGCAAAAUUUGAAGAUAGUAAAGAUUCGGAUGGUGUGAACGAAAGACUGCAUGGCGAUUUGGAAAAUGCUCCUGGUGAGAAUUGUGAGAGUGAAUCAGAAAGUGACAGACGAAGUAGUGCUGAGGUGUAUCAAGAUGCUUUAGAUGACAAUGGAAAAGUAGUGAAUGAAAAGAAUGUUGAACUGACAGAAGAUCCUGGUGGAUCGUCUGUAGAUCCAGUAAAGGGUAAUGCAGACAAGGAUGAUUUGAAUGAUAAUUUUAUUGGUGAUACUAAAGAUGGUGUUAAAAGUAAACUUGAAGAAAACAUUUCAGGGGAUAUUUUAAAUAAUGACAAAGACUUUACAGACCCUUCUAAUAAUAAUAUAAAUAAAGCAGCAGAAAUAAAACAACCGUUGGGCACGAUUCCCUCAGCUGAUGGUUCUGUUACGAAUGCAAAUAAAGCUAAUAGUGAAGAAGUUUCAAACUGAGUAAAAUUAAUUUACACAGAUGGAUACGUUGACAACAAGAAUAUUUAUGCUUCUAUUUGAUGUUAACUUAAUCUAAAUGAUAACAACAUGUUUUAGCAGACUUUUGAACAAGGCUGAAUGGUGUAAAGAAAAUUACCAAAUUCCAUGCAAUAAUAGCGUCAUUGGUUUUAAGGUUUGACCUAUACCAUAUGUAUAUGCAUAUUGCUCUGGAGUUAGAUUUGUUAUCUUGCUGUUUUGUUAGCAUGUUUAACAGAAGUCACAUAUCUAGUUCGUACAUCUGUUACCCCAUAGCAGUAGUCUAGACGAGAAUUUCAUAUAUUCACAUCGGCAGUUUUAUACAUUUGUUUACUUGUAUUCUUUGAGAUGUUUUAUAGAGCUCUAUAUGUACACAGAGAGUUUGUCCUGCAAUUGUUUACAGUGCUUGCAUAUAUAUACAUACAUUGAAUAUAUUUAUAUAUAAACAUCAUAUAUUAAUGCCAUUGAAUACUGUGUUAAAUGCUUUAUGUGUAUAGGAAUUGUUUGGUUAGUAUUUCUCACACAGCUGUGAAGUUGCAGGCUUAGAUUUGUUAUCUGUUUGCGUACAAGUGAACUUAGCCAGUCAAGCUCUGUCUUAAUUUCAAAACAUUGAUUAACAUACCACAGUCAGAUUUAAUCUUUUGUUAUUGUAUUAUAAUCAAAAUGAAUUCUAAUUAUGUUACGAUCUUUAAGAAACAGAAAGUAAUAAGUGACUCAAAACUGAAUGCAUGCAAUACAAGAACAAAAACUGUGAUUUCUGGGUGCAACUUUAAUCUACAAACGCAUUUGGAUACAUGAUAUUUAUCACCACAUACAUGCUGUUAAUGUUAUUUUCCAUCAGAAAGUUUAGAUAAACAAUCAACAGUUAAGUGUAAGUUGGGAAGUAUACAGUUGAUGUAUUUUAUGUUUAUUAUGACCGUUUAUAAUAGUAGUCUAUGUGCCAUGGAUGUCUACACAUUGCUCCAUCUAAGUUUGUGUUUUGUGUGUUCAUUUUGGAUAGCAUGUCUUUGUGUGGAGAUUGUAUGUACUCAAGAAUAAACAGUUUUGUCAAGAUUAAUACCAUAAUGUAUGAAUUUUGAGGGUUUUUUUAUAUAAAGGAAAAAAAGUAUUGUAUCCUUUGGUAUUGGUGUCUAUAAUUGUGUAGGACUUUUCUUAAGUGAUUCCGCACUCCGCAAGGUUAUCUGACAUAAUUUAUGAUGUUAAACUAGUAGUUAUCUUGAAAGUGUUGGUGGCAUAUAUGUGGUAUAUAUGUGAAACCAAAGGAUGCAUUAGGUACAAAUUGCACUUGUCCAUCUGUCCUGUACGUAAGUCCUUACCCUUGUGUUUUUAGAUCCAUCUUGAACUUAUGGCUUGAUUUCGCUGUCACUUAAACAGUUGAAUGACCUUAAUGUGUAGAUGGUCAUUAAGAAAAAAAUGUAGAUUUGGGCUGAGUUUUGGCAGAAAUAUGGUUCUUGGUUUGUUUUUCCAGUAUAUAAUACAUGGUCUCAACAUUGUGCGCUUUCAACUCCUUUUAAGCUACUGGGUGGAACGCGCUUAAACUUUAUUGUUGUAUCUUAAAGAAAGGAUUUUUUGAAACUAUAAAUUUUGGCAGAAUUAUGACCUUGUGCCUGUUUGCCCACUGUUGAAUAAAUGAGUCGUGUUCUGAGAAAACUUGGCAUAAUGCAUGUGCGUAAAGUGUCGUCCCAGAUUAGCCUGUGCAAUCUGCACAGGCUAAUCAGGGACGACACUUUACGCUUUUAUGACAUUUUUAUUUUAAAUGAAGUCUUUUCUUCGCAAAAAUCCAAUUUAGGUGGAAAGUGUUGUCCCUGAUUAGCCUGUGCGGACUGCACAGGCUAAUCAGGGACAACACUUUACGCACAUGCAUUUGCAUGUUUGCCCACUGUUAAAAUAAUAGUGGAUAUAUCUGUGUCCAAAUGUGUGCUGUGGGGUUAACAGUAUCUGUGAAACAUUUCAAGUUUAACUAUAUUUAUCAUGAACUUGAUUUUUUUAUAAGGCAGUUUCAUCAAAUUAAGUGUUCUAAUUUGACUUUGAUUACAUUUUUAGUUUGUGCUAAAUAUUUCGAUGAUUAAAAACAGAAGUUUAAAAAAAUGUCCAAACAAAGGUGAUAUCAGUUAUGUAGUUUAUUAUAGUCAAAAGCAAGAAGUAUUUUUAAGACAUGCCAUUUCCAACUAUUUUGUUGGAAAACAUGAAUUAAUACAAUUAUAUCAGGGACAACACAAUUACUACAAUUAUAAAUGUGUAGGCUAGUUCUGGGUCUGCAUCAGAACGUUCUAAGCAAAAAUGUGAAGGCAUCAAAAACGAAGUUACAAACUAAAAUUGAUGCAAAUAUGCAUGGUUUGAAUAAUUUAAUGCUUAUAUAUGUGCAAUACAUUCAAAAGCUUUCUGUUUGUAGCUUGGUUUUGGUUUCACAUGUUAUAGAUAAAUGAGUGUUUUGUCAAGAAAGAGCAAAGUAGUGUAAGUGAAGUUUAGAUACAUACAAAAUGUUUGUAUGCCAGUACAUACAUUUGUUCAAUUCAUUGAAAGAAAUUCACAACUAAAGUGUAUACUUUUUGAUGAGAAGUUCUGCUUUAUACAAUAUUUGUUAACCAGUUACCCGUCAAAGAUUGUAAAUGAAAAAUAAAUUCACUUUUUGAUACUGUGUCUUGACAUUACAGGGAAAUUGUGAUUUUGUUGUAAAGUUUCCCCCUUGUUAGUUUCUGUAUUUGUUAAGACUAACUGUUUGUGGGACGGUUUUAGUUCACAUGAAUGCAUACAUAAUUAUAUAUAUAUAAACGUUUUGUACAGGCAUGGGAUGAAGUGCCCAAUUGGUAUACAUGUUGUUACAUAUAACUAAUAUUAUGUUGUACAGUAUAGCAUAAGAAGUUAUAAUAUUUACCAUCGCUGUGGCGAUACGUCUUAAUACCUUAAAAAUUUCAAUUUGCAACAAUCUUAUGAUUAUUGCUUCAUUAAAAAUGAAAAUAA